UUGACGUUUAUUUUUAAUCAGACAGCAAACUGAUAGGUUGUAAAGUUAUGAAAUUUAAUAAUAUAGCAGCUGAAUAUGAUUUACUGAAAACAGGCUUGACGGAUAUUAAUGAAACAUAUUUUGGAAAAGUAUUCAAUACAAGUCAAGCAAAGAGAGCGUAUUGGUUGUUGAUCAUUGCUUUUUCUGUUGUCCUCUUCAUAUGGGUACGACAAGGAAAACCAACAACAACGGAAAAGCCUUUUGACGCGCCAGAAUGUAUAGCUAAAAUUCUUAAUAACACUGACAAUCUUCAACUGAAAAACAUUUCCCUGGACGACAUAUCUGGGGAGUGGAAAAUUCCGUUCAGUGAUGUAAAUUACGCUCUUUUACAUUUAAAGAUGUAUCAAUUCGCGAUGGCAACAACAACAGUACAACUCACGAAAUUCCCCAACACAGUGAUUCGUUUCGGCAUUGAACACGGGAGCUUUGUGAUUGACGGCGACUAUGGAUUUAGAUAUCUCAUGAUCGACGAAAGUGGACAUUUCACCGGAAAAGCAACCGAUAUUUAUUUGGAUCUAAAUCUAGUUGUUCCAAAAACAAACGGCGGUAAAACCCCAGUAAUUAUACAGGAUUGUACUGCAUCUGUAUACCACGUAUCAUUAUCGACAAAGGGUAAAUUAGCAUUGGUUUUUAAUAUCUUGUUAAACUCAUUGAAAGAGAGCACCAUUAAAGGUUGGCAAUCACAGCUUUGUUCUAAAAUUGGCACCGAAUUAAUAAAACAUUUCGAAACAUGUUUCUAAAGUCUCCAAUAAAGAAUAUCGAGGUAGUCCCUCCUUUGGAUUUAUUUUAUCUCUAUUAUCGCAGUUUUAAUUUUGUACAAACUUUGCCAAGUACAAAUGCUCUCUCACUUUCUCUUACUCUCUCCCCCUCUCUCUCUCUAUAUAUGUCUGUCCUUUGUGUAAUCUUUUUUGGCAUGUUAAACGUGAAAAAUUAAAAUACAGGUGUACAUGC